UCCUUCAUCCUUCAAUAUUCCAUUGGAUACAGACUGGAACGAAUUAGUAUAAAUUGAUCAUAACUUUAACGAACGUAACAAAACGAAGAAGAGUGUUUCCCGUUGUCAUCAUAACUAACUAUUAAGACAUCUUCGUCCAGAUAACAAUGCAAGUCCUCAUUAUGAAGGCAUUGGUGAUAGUGGUGAUUGUGUGUGUCGGAAACUGUUCAGCUAACCCUUUGGCUGCGAAUGAAACGGGUGUAAAUGGGGAGUCCUUCAAAACCAGCAGAAUAAACAUGGGUGACGAGGAGCUGUUCACAGUCACCGCUGUGGAUGGAACACCUUUGGCAACCAUUGAUGUUGUCCGUGAUGAGGGAUAUGAAAUCGAGCUUACUCAAGAUGGCAGAAAGUGUCGGCUUAGCCAGGUUUAUGACACCAGUUCGUGUUUCGAAGAGGCGCCACUUGCGGACGAUGAGCCGGUGUUGGCGCGUAUUGCUGACCGUUGCAAAGGCAGAGAGAUCGUGACCUUGAAGCCACAGGAUUGCAAUGCAAAUUCAAGUCUCGAAAAAGGCGCAGCCACUCGAACAAAGCGGGCUUGCUCAUUCCAAGCUCGUGUCGUUUGCAGGGCGAGGUGUUGUGACUGGCAGGUGUCAUGCUGGGUAGAGCUACAGCUAGUAUGUGGCUGGUAAUCACCCAGCCUCGGACGAAAAGUUCCCACUGAGUCUUAACGCUUACAAAAAACUGUCUGACUUCAUUUUUAUUUUACAACUUGCUUCAGUUCCUAUAUUUAUACUGUUUUACAAUACUUUUUUUUCUGAAAGAGCAGUUUGUCGUUAAAAUAUAGAGAUUGUAUGAGAGAAUAUCUUCAUUUUUAACAAUUUGAAAUUAAUUAGUGAAUAUAAUAUCUUAAUGCAUAUUUGUUUUCUAUCCUUUAUGGAUUUAAAUAUUUACCUAAUUUUCUUUAAACAGAGAGCGCCUUUCCAUACAUUCUAGAAAAUUGUCAUAUAUCUGUAAAAAUAAUAUAUAAAAAUGUUGACGCAUGUGUAUUUAUUAAAGUGCUUAAGUCGCAAAUAAACUGUCUGUUCUUGUUUCUCUUAUAAAGUAAACUGGCAAUAGAUUCUUUAAAAAAU